AUGGCUGAUACAGCAAACCAAAUAAAAAUUAACGUACUGUUAAAUAGUAAACCAAAAGCCGAGAACCUUUUGCGUCAAUUUGCCGCGGCUUUUAAUAUUCCUUACACUAAUCAUAGGGUUGUCCGUGCCAAAUUACAAAAAGAAUAUGAGAAAAGAGUUUUUCCACCUAUAAAUAAUAGGAUAAUGGGAGAGAUGCGAACAAGGCUGCAAAGGAGAGAUAAGGAACACCGCCGCAGGAUGCAAGAACAACAAAGAAUAAAUACUUGUCAUGAUAUAAUUGAGGGCAAGAGCAAACCAGAAACUGAUUUGCCGUCGGGUUUUGAAAUGGAUAAUGAUGGGAAUAACAAUCAACUGAUUGAAAAUACCGAAAACCGCCCAAAAACCAAUGAUGGUGUAUUGAUUGCUGAAAUAAG